AUGGCCUUCACCGAAUUCUCCUACUUCGCCUCCAAAUCCCGAGCCCCCUUCCCGGACCCCGACACCCCGGAGGGCAAGGACAUCAAGCACAUGCUCGAGACCGCCGCAGCGCAGCCCGGCGCGGGCCGGAUCUACUGGGGCCACGCGGUCGAGAAGCCGCACCAGCAGUGGCUGUUUUUGGACUGGGAUAGUGUCGAGGAGCAUCUUGCGUACCGCACUACGCCGGAACACGACGUCGUCGCGAAGAGCAUGUCAUCCUACCUCGACUGGACGGACGGCUACAUCAAGCACAUCGUCACCAAGCCCUGGCCGCCUACGAUCCUCGCGGAGGCCCCUGUGACUGAGGUGCUGACGCUCUUCUUCCCCGCGGAGCUGGAGGAGGCUGCCAAGGAAGAGUUGAGUAAGCAGCUUGAGGAGUUUAAGGUGAAGGCGCACGAUACGUCGCCCGACUUCAAGGGGAUUGCAUACGGAUGGAGCAAGGAGAAUGAUGUUCCCAUCACGGGCGAGGAUGGCAAGACAGGGAAUUUGUUGGUGGCAUUUAUUGGGUGGCCGAGUGUUGAAGCGCAUUUGAAGUUUAGGGAGACGGAGGCUUUUCAGGAGAAUAUUGGCUUGUUGAGGGAGAUGAAGGGAAUUAUUAAGUUGAGCGUAAUUCAUGUGGCUUGCAGGAGUUUGCUGUCUGCGGAGAAGAAGUAA